GCCAUUUCAAUCGUACGAGUCAGUUGACGUAACUUACAGACACUGCAGUGUUUCACAGUUUUACUAACUUCAUCAUGGCUGAUUCUUUGCUUCGCUGGACUGUUGAUAAGUUAAAUCAUAGUUUUGGAUUGGAGGCAAGCGAUGACAUUGUACAGUACAUCCUAUCUAUUGACAAUGCUGAUGAAAUUGUGGAGUAUGUUGGAGAUCUCUUACAAGGAACAGAGGGAAACAAGGACGAUUUUGUGGAUGAGCUGGUGCAGAGAUGGCAGAGGUGUCAGAUGCAAGCGCCUGAUGGUCUAGGGGGCGUCUUUAAGAAAGAGGCAAUCAUGGAGGGUCUAGAUACAGCUACCAAAGACACUCAGAAGAAGUCCAAACGAAAGGGAAGAAACAAGCAAGAGAUUGUGACUGUCUGUCAGGCAGAGCCAGAGCCUGUGAAAACUCCCAUUGACUUGAUGAAGGCACAAGAAAACAGCGGCUCCAGCUCAGUGAAAAAGAAGAGCAAGUUUGUGAAUCUGUAUGCUAAAGAGGGUCGAGAUAAGCUGGCUAUUCUACUGCCUGGCCGUCAACCCUGCGAGUGUCUGGCUCAGAAACACAGACUCAUCAACAACUGUCUGAGCUGCGGCCGUAUAGUGUGUGAACAAGAAGGCUCUGGCCCCUGUUUGUUCUGCGGCAGUCUGGUCUGUACUACAGAGGAGCAAGAGAUACUGCAGCGGGACUCCAACAAAAGUCAAAAGCUCCGUAAAAAACUCAUGGGAGAGGGAACCGAGCGGGAGCAUCUCCCCCAUCAAGAGGCCAAGAUGAAAGCUGGUCUGGAAAAAGCUGUAAAGCACAAAGACAAACUUCUGGAGUUUGACAAGAACAGUGUUAAGAGAACACAAGUCUUGGAUGAUGAAUCCGAUUAUUUUGCAACGGAUUCCAACCAGUGGCUUUCUCCAGGUGAGAGGGAGGCAUUACGCAAGCGAGAGGAGGAACUCCGGGAGCUUCGACACGUCUCCCGCAAAGACCGCAAGAUCACAAUCGACUUUGCAGGGAGACGAGUGCUGGAUGAAGGGGAGAAUUUGACUCCGUACUACCAGAAGAUAGAAGGCAGAACGUGGUACACAUCCCAUAGGGGGCGCCUGUGGAUUGCUGCUGCUGCUAACAGACCCACUCCUCAAGAGAUUGCAGAGGUAGAGGCUAUGUACCGCCACAUUUACAAAGAAGGGCUGUGA